CGGCGGAGGGCGGACAGGGCGGGCGCGUGCAGCUCUGGUCGGGCGCCCAAGACGAGGGGCCUCUGGCAGGCACCUGAGGUAACCAGGCUUUGAUGCACCCUCAGGAAGUCUGUGCACUCGAGGAGGCCACCCCCGCCGGCUGCUGCUCACAUGGUUUCUGGGCCCCUGGCACUCCGGUGGUGCCCGUGGGCAGGGCACAGGGACAUGGGGCCAGACAUGGAGCUUCCCAGCCAUUCAAAACAGCUCCUGCUACAGCUGAACCAGCAGAGGGCCAAGGGCUUCCUGUGUGACGUCAUCAUCAUGGUGGAGAACUCUAUCUUCCGGGCCCACAAGAACGUCCUGGCUGCUAGCAGCAUCUACUUCAAAUCCCUGGUCCUGCAUGAUAACCUCAUCAACUUAGACACAGACAUGGUCAGCUCCACUGUGUUCCAGCAGAUCCUGGACUUCAUCUACACGGGCAAGCUCCUGCCCAGUGACCAGCCAUCUGAGCCAAACUUCAGCACUCUACUCACUGCUGCCAGCUACCUCCAGCUGCCUGAGUUGGCAGCCCUCUGUCGCCGCAAACUGAAGCGAGCUGGCAAGCCCUUUGGCCCUGGACGAGUGGGUACUGCUGGCAUAGGGCGACCAACCCGCAGUCAGCGGCUGUCCACAGCCUCUGUCAUCCAGGCUCGGUUUCCAGGGCUUGUAGAUGUGCGUAAAGGACACCCUGCUCCCCAGGAACUCCCUCAGGCCAAAGGCUCAGAUGAUGAGCUUUUUCUGGGCACCUCCACUCAGGAGAGCACACACGGCCUGGGCUUGGGGGGUCCAGCUGGUGGGGAGCUUGGCUUGGGGGGCUGCAGCACCAGCACCAAUGGGAGCAGUGGGGGCUGUGAGCAGGAGCUGGGCUUGGACCUGUCCAAGAAGAGCCCACCCUUACCUUCUACAACCCCUGGCCCCCACCUCACACCCGAGGACCCAGCCCAGCUGAGUGACAGCCAGCGAGAGUCACCCGCACCUACAUCAACCUCCACCCUGCCUGUCAGCAAUAGUGCCUCAUUUGUUGAGCUGGGGGCCACUCCUGAGGAGCCCAUGGAUGUGGAAGGGGCUGAGGAAAACCACCUGAGUCUGCUGGAAGGACAGGGUGGGCAGCCUCGCAAGAGCCUCCGGCAUUCAGCCCGCAAAAAAGAUUGGAACAAAAAGGAACCUGUGGCUGGGUCCCCCUUUGAUCGGAGAGAAACGGGAUCUAAGGGUUCCUGCCCAGGGGAAGAAGGUGAGGGGUCUGGGGACAGGGUUCCCAAUGGCGUUCUGGCUAGCAGUACUGGUGGAGGUGGCUCCAGUGCAUCUUACGGGGAGCAGUCAUUGCCCUGCAAGGAGGAGGAAGAGAACGGCAAAGAUGGGAGUGAGGACAGUGGGCAGAGUGGGAGUGAGGGGGGAAGCGGCCACACUGGCGCCCACUAUGUAUACCGGCAGGAAGGCUAUGAGACAGUGUCAUAUGGGGACAAUGUUUAUGUGUGCAUCCCCUGUGCCAAGGGCUUCCCCAGCUCUGAGCAGCUCAAUGCUCACGUGGAGACACACACGGAGGAGGAGUUAUUCAUCAAGGAAGAAGGGGCUUAUGAGACCGGCAGUGCGGGUGCAGAGGAGGAGGCCGAGGACCUGUCAACACCCAGUGCAGCCUACGCAGCUGACUCUCGUCCUUUCAAGUGCUCAGUUUGUGAGAAGACCUACAAGGACCCAGCCACACUUCGGCAACACGAGAAGACACACUGGUUGACCCGGCCGUUCCCCUGCAACAUUUGUGGAAAGAUGUUCACACAGCGAGGCACUAUGACACGCCACAUGCGGAGCCACCUGGGCCUGAAGCCCUUUGCCUGUGAUGAGUGUGGUAUGCGCUUCACUCGCCAGUACCGCCUCACAGAGCACAUGCGUGUGCACUCAGGUGAGAAGCCCUAUGAGUGCCAGCUCUGUGGAGGCAAGUUCACCCAGCAGCGCAACCUCAUCAGCCACCUGCGCAUGCACACUUCCCCUUCCUAGAAGCCAAAGACCCGUGGGAGCCCUCUACAGACUUGCCACUUGGGAACCCACGGAAGCAUGGUGGGAGGGUUGAGCCCCAAAGUCUGACAUGAGGCUCCUGGCAGCCCCUCUGGCCCAGCCUCCUCACGCCCAGAGCUUUAAUCAACAGUAUACCAAGGGAAGCCAAGAGAGAAGCUGACCAGUCUAGCCCUGUGCAUGUGGUGCUGGUGACUAUUCUACCUCCCCGGGCCCACUGGGCUUUCCAGCCCCCUGAAGGAGCUGCUGAAGAGCCGGUGGGAGUCCAUCAUGUGGGUGCCAGUGGGGCCUGGUUGGCUCCUUUCCUGCAGGUUGGGCUGGGCCACAGGGCUUCCUGUGGCCAAAAGUGGUGCCUGGAGCAGGCCUAGCUGGCAGGGACCUCGGCUGUGUGUGUGCAUGUGUGCUUGUGUCUUUGCAGUGCAGUGUGACUCUGGUGUUGGGAUGCUGGUGCUGGGUGGCAGUUCCUUUCUCUGUGAGCUGGGGUGGCAACUGCUAGCUGGCACUGGAACAGUCAGGGUGACCCAUUGCCUACCUCUCUGCAACUAAAGAGCCCUCUGGGCCUAUAUUGCUGUUAUUCCUACUGAGCUGUUCCUAUUUCUUUUUUACAGUUUUUAAAAAUUCUUUUUUAAAACCAAAAUGAACAAUAUUUUCCUCCUGCCUCUUUGGGGUUGAGCCUGGGUCUGCAGACUGAAUGUAACCGGGGCAGCUGCCCCUCCCUAUCAUUUUCCCUAGUCCUGGUGCUUGGGCAUGGUUGAACCUGCCUCUCCAAGGCCCCAGAAGCCCUUCUUGCCCAAAGGCUUCCCUGAUCCUGAGCCCUGCCUGCCUGGGCUUCCUCAGGAGAAUAUGCUUUUCCAUAAUUUCCAAGGAAUGUCCCUUGUUAGAGGUACUUACUUUUAUUGAGAACCACACCCUCCCCCCAUAUAUCUUUUUGAGAUGUGGAACUGGAAGGUCUGAAGUUUCAGAGGGUGGAGGGGAGGCUAGAUUCGGUGCCAGAGCCAUCGGUACUCUUGCUCUCAUGCGCACACGCAUCUGUGUGUGCGCGCGCGCGUGCGUGCGUGCGUGCGUGUGUGCGUGUGUGUGCGUGUGUGUGUGUGUGUGUGUGUGUGUGUGUGUGUUGCUUAUGCACAGAUGCUUCACUUCCUUGCUCACUGAACAUGGUGGGGAGCCUUCUGACCUUUGCUACCUCUUGAAUUCAAUACCCAGUACAGUUGAGGCUGAGCCACUUGCUUUUGUUUUUCUGUAGUGGGAGUAACCUGGGCUUGGGCUGGCCCAAGCCCCUUGUGGGACCCAGUGUUCUCUGAAGAGAUGUCUGCUGCUCAGGGCAUGCUGUGUGGGGGGGCAGGUGCUGGGUAUCUGAGUAACAGGCAGAAGCCAUUAGGAAGGAGCAGCUCCCUUUUAUGAGCCAGGGUCAGGUGGAAGUGAGCCCACCCCAUCCUGUCCCCUCCAGAGCUCAGGUAAUGGUUGACCCCUACCUAUACUGACUCAGUACAGGGUCAAGCUAACCCUUCCAUGGGUGUGUCAGCCAGCCUCAGAUGUUUGCAUGGGCUUCUGCAAGGGGCAAGGCAAGACCAAGGGUGUCUGUGCUCUGUCCCAGAUGGGCCUAUAGACCUUAUCAUCAUGUUGCUUCAUGGCUUUUCAUUUUCCUUUUGAUUUUUACUUUAGACCAAAAAAUUCCAGAGUCAUCCCCUGCUUGCCUCCACCCCUCAGAGACCCUGGAGCCUACAUUCAGUACCCAGAGAGUGUUGGGUGUGGGAGUGAGGGCACCUGGCCAAACCUCCACAUGGUGCCUGUGUACUGAGCCAGCUCUCUCCAUCAGCCCUCACCAGGAAUCUUAGUUCUCUGACUGAGCACCUGAGUGCAGCCCAGGGCACUAUU